AUGGGCUCUACAAAUCCAACGACCCUCGUCCCACCACCAGGCGUGUAUUGUCCUGCGGUCACUUUCUUCGAUCCCGACACCGAUACCCUGCUCCCAAAUGAACAAGCACAAUACUAUUCUUACCUUGCAAAUUCGGGAUUGACAGGACUGGUUAUCUUGGGGACCAAUGCAGAGACCUUUCUACUCACCCGGGACGAACGAUCUGCACUCCUGCGAUUAGCACGCAAGUCGGUUCCUGAGAACUACCCUAUCAUUGCCGGGGUCGGAGGCCACUCAACAGCACAAGUACUUGAGCACAUCGCUGAUGCCCAUGCUGCAGGAGCGAACUAUGUUCUCGUGCUCCCUUGUGCAUACUUUGGCAAGCAGACCACACCCACCGUCGUCCACAACUUCUAUGCCGCCGUCGCGAAAGCCUCUCCUCUUCCCAUCCUCAUCUAUAACUUCCCUGCCGUGUGCAACGGCCUCGACUUGGACUCGGAUGCCAUUGCUGCAUUGGCGCAAGAGUUCCCGAACAUUGUUGGAGUGAAGUUGACCUGUGGUUCGGUGGGAAAGAUCACACGACUCUCGGCCACCUUCCAACCCGACCGAUUUGCGGUUUUUGGUGGGCAGUCAGACUUCUUAGUUGGUGGACUGGCAGCUGGAUCAGCCGGUUGUAUUGCCGCUUUUGCCAACAUCUUUCCGAAGACGGUUGUCAAAGUCUUUAAUCUGUGGAAGAUGGGUAAACAUGAUCAGGCAUUGGCACUGCAGAGACUCUCUGCUCAUGCCGAGAACCCUACAAAAGCUGGUAUUGCCACGACCAAAUAUGCCGUUAGCCAGUUCAGCGCAAAGAAGGCAGGGAUCCAAGGCGAUCUUGAAGCCAUGCUGCGCCCUCGACGACCGUACGAAGAGCCUAGUGGAGCGGUCAAAAAGAAGAUUGUUGAGGCAAUGUUACCAGUGGAUGAGAUUGAAAAGACGCUGUGA